CCUAAAUCUGCCUAUCUCUUUCACUUCUCUGGAGAUUGUCUAAGCAAACAUGCCAACCGGAGAAUGUUCAAUCUCUCACGCAACCCGAGAUGACGUCCCUGAGAUUCUUUCCAUGAUCAAGGAGCUCGCCAACUACGAGAAUGAGCCGGACAAGGUCCUUGCGACGGAAACCUCUCUCCAACAUACAUUGGUCUUCGCCACCACAUCAUCCUCGACUUCCAGCUCACCACAAUUCGAAAACACUUCCGGUUACGCCAAAACUUUGAUCCUUCGCGCCCCUUCAUCGUCCGACGCAUCUGCACACGCCGUCGCAGGCAUGGCCAUCUACUUUCCCACCUACAGCACCUGGCGUAGCGCACCGGGCAUUCACCUGGAAGACCUGUUCGUCCGACCGGCGUACCGCAAGAAGGGGUAUGGAAAGUUGUUAAUCCAAUCACUGGCACAAGAAGUCAAGAAGAUUGAAGGAGGCAGGUUGGAAUGGAACUGCUUGAAGUGGAACGAGCCCAGUCUGCAGUUCUAUCGUAGCCUCGGCGCGGAGGAGCUAGUUGAGUGGGUGCAGCUCAGAGUUGACGGCGUGAAUCUUGAGAAACUUGCUGGUCUAUCAUCCUAG